CAACACACACAGAUACACAGAGAGACAAAGACCGACGACAGCUGAGGGAUGUGGGCUGGAGGACGGGGACCAACGCAAGAGGACCACCAAACACCUCCAUGGGGUAGCCACUCAGACUUGGUCAAUUACUGGGAUACAUAUUUUAUCACAAUGAAGUGCAUCAAGAGACAAAGAGGGAACCCGUACUAGUCAAACUUUGAGGACAUGUGGCAUUGAAGAGGUGAGAAGCUGACCAUGGGUGACUGGAACCUGCUGGGCAGCAUCCUAGAAGAGGUCCACAUUCAUUCCACCAUCGUGGGAAAGAUCUGGCUUACCAUACUCUUCAUCUUCCGCAUGCUGAUCCUGGGUGCUGCCGCUGAGGAUGUAUGGGACGACGAGCAGUCUGAGUUUAUCUGCAACACCGACCAACCUGGCUGCAAGGCAGUCUGCUAUGAUCGUGCCUUUCCCAUCUCCCUCAUUAGAUUCUGGGUCCUGCAAGUCAUCUUUGUCUCUGCGCCCUCGUUGGUCUACAUGGGCCAUGCCCUCUAUUGCAUCCGGACACUGGAGAAGGAGCGCCACCGGAAACGAGCCAUGCUGAAAGACGAGAUGGAUGACUCUGAAAUGGCAGUGGACGAACAUAAGCGUCUGGAGAGGGAACUGAGGAGGCUGGACGAGCAGAGGAAGGUGAAGAAGGCUCCUCUCAGAGGCUCUCUGUUGAGAACCUACAUCAUCCAUAUCCUUACACGCUCAGCGGUGGAGGUUGCCUUCAUCCUGGGCCAGUUUAUACUCUAUGGUAUCCAACUGGAGCCACUCUAUAAGUGUGAGAGGCUACCCUGCCCCAACAGUGUAGACUGUUACAUCUCCAGGCCCACAGAGAAGACCAUCUUCAUGGUCUUUAUGAUAAUCAUCGCUGGUGUGUCACUUUUCCUAAACAUUCUGGAAAUAUCCCAUCUGGGAAUUAAGAAAAUCAAACAGACUCUUUAUGGAGAGAGGUACACAGAGGACGACAGUUUGAUUUACAAGAACAAGAGAAAGACAUCUUUACCUCACCUCUGUGUGAUGAGUAAUGUAUCACCUCAUAAUGGACCCUUAACUCAGACCUUUAAAGUGAUCCCAGAGUCAAACAUGAAGUCUCCUUAUUUUAACACUGGGUACAAAGCCAGCCACGAUUCACGGGGACAGUAUGGCUUGACUCAGCUGGUGCAGACCAGCUUUAUCUGCCCCCAGCCUAGGAUGCCAGUGACGUCUGGCCAAAACUGUGCCAUCCAAGCCCCCCAAACCCAUGACAGUCAAGCCAUUGUGGACGACCAUGCAGGCUGGUCCUCUGCAGUCUCAAAUGAAGAAGGGAUUACAACAAUCCAUAAUGAAGAACCCCACGAGGGCCAACAACUCCAAAGAUGCCAUAUUGAAGCUCUGCUGUCAAGUAGCAACAUAAGACCUAGCGCUGGCAGAGAUCUGUAUGAGGACCAGCAUAGAGACUCAAUAGCAAGUGAAGUCAUAGUCCCCAAUCCCCGAAAAACAAGCUUCAUGAUGAGGCCACCUUCUGAGAGUUUGUCCUCCAUGACUGGCUCCACCAGCCCCUCCUUACAUACCUCAGAGGAGUCAGAUGAACUGGGCUCUCUGCAGGGCGACAUGCCCAUGAUGCCUCCUCCUGGAGGACGAAGAAUGUCAAUGGCAAGUAAAGGGCGGGGGGAAAAAUCACAUGUUUGAUUGUCAUUUAGCACCAGUUAAGAGCCUCAAAUGAUUAAUUAUAAAAGACUGAGUGUUACCAACGAUCCAGCAGCUUGUCCACAACCCGUUUCAAAGUUUAAUCCAAGAGGCAACUGGACUUGGUUUAGGUUCUUGAGGCUUUUCCCCUCUCGUCCAAAAGGUUUCUUCAGAACUUCAACCAAGUCCAGAUGCCUUUUGGAAUACAUUUUGGAUUAUUAUAACCUGCAUGAUUGAGAAUCUACAAGAACACUGUUCCCUCGUGGGUUUCCUUUGCCAUUUUUGUCCUGACUUUUUAGAUAUUUGUU